UCAUUACCUCACUCCGAUAAAGGAGUCAUCAGUAGGCUACUAACUUAAUGUUGUAUCAGAGACGGCAGGUUACGAUAGACAAAUCCUUCCGUUGUUUUCUGUAUUAUUUCAUAAAUAUUUUUUUCAUGUAGGCAUAUUUUGGGUAGUCAUGCAUAGGCCUAUAAUAGACAACAAUUCAUUUGAUUUACUUUACUCAAAGUUGGUCAGGAGUGUGUUUAUCAGCGGCGUUUUAAGGGAGGCAAACCGCUUCUGUCAACCUUUUUUUUCAUGCAGACGCUGGAUAACCAUAACAACAACACAAGCUCAAAAUACAGACAGAGCGCCCGUGCAGAAAGACGUUUCUUUGCCCUGUUUGUAAAGUUGUGAGAGCCCUCGUUGUAAAGGCAUUUAGCGAACAAACUUAGUUGCACUAUGCGUUGCCACCAGUGCAGGAAAAAAUAGGAAACAGACAGUAGACAAUAUUAUAGUUACCUUAUUUAACUUUCAUACAGUCAGUUAAUGCACUUCAUACAGGGCUAUGGACCGCAAUAACACUAAUAGCACAGAGAUUUCCCCGACAUAAGGCGACAGCAAUACACAGUUAAUUCGCUGUGCGAAGUCUGGGGUUAAAUCUGGAGUAACAUGGCGGCCGCAGAUAUCGGAAACGCGACCGACUGUGAAGGUCUAGUUUGCGUCAAUGACGUUGCCUCGCAUCUCGAGGCCAUACGCAAAAGGCUAGGAGGAAAGGAAAGACAAAGAGAGGGACACACAGACGUCGUGAACAGGUCGUAAAAACGGACCGAUGGCCACCCUAGCUGCAGAGCUGCUCCACACACAUAGUACCAUACAGCAUACAGGAACACAGCUGCUCUCUUUGGGCAGCCACAGUCGUCAGAGCUGUCAAAGCUGUGCCCAUAUCCAGGACCCUGCUGGCAACUGUUGUGUGUUGCAGCCCUCUGUCUCCUUGGAGAGUGGAGAGUGUGUGUACACUGUGAGUUCUCCGGCAGGGAGCUAUGAGUGCUCAGAAUCUGGCCUGCGCUGGUCGUGUCCUGGUCCAGUCACCCUGCAGUACCGCAUCAGCAAGGAGGAGAUUUUCUGGGCCCAGUUGCAGAUGCUACAGUACCAACCCGUGGGUCCCCCUCUGGAAAUCAAGCUUCUGUCAGGAGAGCUGGAGGAGGUCCACCUUCCUCACUCCCUCUGCUUGGGUGGUUCAGACCCAGGUGUGCUGGGAGAUGCAGUCAGGGCCCUGCAUGGCGACGACAGUGGCGUUUCCCUGGAGACGUGUGAGCUGACUCGUUUCCAUGGAAAGCUCCUGGCACAGCACUUCUCCAUAUGGCAGCUGGUGGCUAGUUGGGGUGUCCCGGUGAAGAGCCACUGCGAGGUGCUGAUCUAUGAGCACUGCCCCCGGCCACUGGUCCUCCACACCUUCCUGCUGCCCUCACCCUCCUCAGCACGCCAGGCAGUACAGGACAGGUGGGGGGGCGGGGGCAUCGUCAAGCCAUCCCCCGACCACUCCCUCAGGGUUGCCUCUAAAUUCCGGCUCUGCAGCUCCGCAGCUUGCAACUCCACACCUUCCAGCUCCACACCUUCCAGCUCUGCACCUCCCAGCUCCACACCUUCCAGCUCAGCAGCUCUAGACAUUCCACCUUCACUUGUGAUCACACCCACAGAGCUGACGCUUUCCUAUAGGAACCCCCCAACAUUCUUUGAGGUGUUCGUAAGGAACCCAUUGGAGCAGUUCAAGUUGGAGAUCAAGGAUGCGGAUGACCAUACUGUUUGGGAAGUGGAGCUGAGGCAGGGAGUCGACUAUAACAAGACAAAAGACCAAGCUGACACGCACACUCCAGAGUCACGCACAGUAACAGCAGAUCUGACGGACCAGCAGCUGUUGAUUGUGGCCAAGCUCAUGGGCAAAGAGUGGAAGCAGGUGGGCAUCGGCUACCUGGGACUGUCCAUGCAGGAGCUGCACAAGAUCCAGGAGGCGGAGCAAGACGUCACCUUGCAGCGCUUCCUUAUGCUGGACCAUUGGAGGAGGCAGCACAAGGGUACAGCGGGGCCUACAGAGUUACACCACUGUCUGAAUAAAGAUGACGUACCCAAUGACGUUAGAGAAUGCCUGGAAGGGAAAUGA